AUGCACAAGCAAGGCUUGAUUGCAACGCUGAGCCGGCAUCAUUGCAGUAGAAACGUUGGUUCUGUUCAGACACAUGGCUCGAGCCGUAUGAGCAUGAUCAGAAACUACUCGACCAACAAGAAUAGCAAUUACGGAAAGACCGUUAAAAUAUUCUCAACACCAACCUCCAGUACUUUCUCGAACUCAUCAUCACUCCCCAUUUAUUUUCAAAAGAAAAAGUUACUAACAACAUCUCCGAGCCAUUGUUGCGGAUAUCAUACUUGCUCACAAGUUCGGAGUGAACAAGACACUGGCCGACAUCAACAUUCAGAAGUAUCUCAUGAUCAUCCACUUUUCAAAAAACAACGAAUGUUAGAUACGACGAGUAUGACCAUCGACACAUCUGUCACACACAAUGAUUCACCAAGUUAUAGAUUUAAACUCAGUAAAACAUUUGUUGAAAAGUACAAGAAUAUUCCUCCUCCUUUCGGAUUUAAUGGGUUAGGAGAAGUUGUUUAUAAACGAACAUAUUCUCGGGUCAUUGAAGAAGAAAAUAGGAAUGAAGAAUGGUAUGAAACAGUUGAAAGAGUGGUAAAUGGAACAUAUAAUAUGCAAAAAAAUUGGAUUGACAAUCACAAACUUGGAUGGAAUGCUAGAAAGGCUCAAAAGUCAGCACAAGAAAUGUAUGACAGAAUUUUUAAUAUGAAAUUCUUACCAAGUGGAAGAGGAUUGUGGGGAAUGGGAACUCCAUUGACUGAACAGAGAGGUCUUUAUGCAGCACUUAACAAUUGUGCAUUUGUGAGCACUGAAUCUAUGAAAGAAGAUCCUCUGAAACCAUUUGUGUUUCUUAUGGAUAUGAGCAUGCUUGGAGUAGGAGUUGGUUUUGACACAAAAGGUUCAGGAUCUAUCACGAUUAAAGGAGUGGACAAUACAAGACAACCCAUCAUGAAUAUUAUUGCUGACUCUCGAGAGGGAUGGGUUGAAAGUGUGAAGGUUUUGCUUGAUUCAUAUUUUAAUGGACAUGCACCUCAAUUAUUUGACUAUUCUAAAAUCAGGCCUGCAGGAGCUCCAAUUCGAGGAUUUGGUGGAGUGAAAACGAAUGCUGGAAAACCUAUUUCUGUAACAGUCAUCGUAGAUCUCAUGAAUUAUAUUGGAAAGUGUGUUGUUUCUGGAAACAUUAGAAGAUCUGCAGAAAUUGCAUUUGGUGAAGCAGAUUCUGAAGAAUUUAUCGAUUUGAAAAAUUAUGAAAAGAAUCCACAUCGUGCUUCUUAUGGAUGGACCUCCAAUAAUUCCAUUUUUGCUCAAAUCGGAAUGGAUUAUUCAAAUGUUGCAAAGAGAAUGAUGACAACAAGGACACGAGCAAGUGGUGGAAAUCCAUGCCUUGAACAAACUCUUGAAAGUUAUGAAUUAUGUUGUCUUGUAGAGACUUUCCCCAACAAUCACGAAUCACUGGAAGAUUAUCAAAAGACACUUAAAUAUGCGUUUUUAUAUGCCAAGACAGUCACUCUUGGAAGAACUCAUUGGCCUGAAGUGAAUCGUGUCAUGCUCCGAAACCGAAGAAUUGGAUGUUCCAUGAGUGGUAUUGCUCAAUUUAUUACCAAGAGAGGAGUUGAAGAAUUAAGGCGUUGGUCAACAGUCGGUUAUGACACCAUUCAAGAAUAUGACCAAACAUUUAGUGAUUGGUUGGCAAUUCCUCGGUCCAUAAAGACCACGUCCAUUAAGCCAAGUGGAACCGUAAGUUUAUUGGCUGGAGCUACACCUGGAAUGCACUAUCCAAUUUCAAGAUUCUACGUCCGGAGAUUGCGAUUAGCUACCAACUCUCCACUCGUCAAGACACUUGCUGAAGCUGGAUAUCACACGGAACCUGCCGUGAGUGACUCUCAAACCACUGUUGUGGAAUUUCCAAUCGAUUGUGGUGAAGGAAUUAGGACAGCCAAAGAGCUUUCCAUGUGGGAACAAUUAUCCUUGGCUUCAUUCCUUCAACGUUAUUGGUCCGAUAAUCAAGUCUCUGCAACCAUAACCUUCAAUCCACAAACUGAAGGAUCGCAAAUCAAUACGCACUGGAUUAUUUCCAAUAUCAAUUGA